AUGCAAAGAGUAAUGAUUGCUUCGAGAAUGUUGUCAUGGGUUUGUUUGAACAUAGUGUUGACCCUAUGUUUGACUUUGAAAGUUGUAUCCGAGGCUAACCCCACUACACUUGUUGGUAUUGUUUAUUGCGACACUUGCUUCAAUCGAGAUUUUUCCCAUUCGAGUCACUUCAUUUCGGGUGCAUCGGUGGUGGUGGAAUGUGGUCGGAACGGAGUUGGGGCCAGCGGAAUGGAAUCGCAAUUCCGAGAGGAAGUGAAAACGAAUUGGAAAGGCGAGUUUACAGUUAAACUGCCUUAUGCGGUUACAGAUAAAAUCAGGGAGUGUUCAGUUAAGUUGCUUAGAAGUAAUCAACCGGAUUGUCCGGUGGUUGCCACAUCAACUGAAUCGUCAAUUACACUCAAGGCAAAAACCCCGGGAAAUCGUAUUUUUUCAGCUGGGAUUUUUACAUUCCGGCCAAGGAAACAAUUAAGGGAAUGUCAAACGGGAACAAGAAACAAGAAUUCCGACGAUGGAAUUAGAGCUGCAACGCCAUUCCCAUCACCUAUUGGAGUGGAAACAACAAUGGACUAUAAUGAUUUAGCAGACACAAAUGCUUUCGGCCUACCAUUGCCUUACCAGUUUCAACAACCUUCACCGGUUCCAAUGUUUCCAUUCCAGCCACCUUCAGCGAUUCCGAUGUUCCCAUUCCAGCCACCACCGGAUUCCAUGUUUGUUCCUGAUCCCCAACCACCACCAGAUACAAUGUUCACGCCGGAUUUCCAGCCACCGCCUGAUUCCAUGUUCGAUCCAGUGCCAUUACAGCCACCACCAGAUUCAAUGUAUGACCAAUUCCAGCCACCACCAUCUACUUUCACUCCUCAGUUCUUCACACCGCCACCACCUCCACCACCAUCAUUCUUCCCUUCACUGCCGUUUCCACCAAUCCAACAGCAACCAAAUCUCAUUCAAUCUCCACCCCCACCAUCAUUGCCGCCACCAGCAUUGCUUCCACCAUUCCCUCCAUUCCCAUUUCAGCCAAGUCAAGGGUUGCCUGGAACGCCACCAGGAAUGUCUUCUGUUCAUCUAGAGAAAACAUCAUCUCCUUGAUUAAGAUAUUUAUGAGUAUCAUUGUACAAUUUAAGACAAUGUGAUACCAAUGUAUGGUGAAACUGAAUGAAGUAACAUGUUCUGUUUAUAACAAAGAGAAGCAUAAAACUUAACACUUGGUGAGAGCCCAAAUGUAUAGACAACAUGGGUAAGGAAAUAAAACAAUACACAAAAAGUAAAGAAUCUUAAUUUAAAAGAAUCAUCAUUACUGAAACAACAAACAUACCUUUAAAAUCAUGUUAGUGGGAACGAUCCUGCUAUGUUAAUCUUCCUAAUUUACAUCUGCAUCAUUUCAGUAUGCUUUCCAUUUUCUAACAACUCCAUCAGAAUUUUCUCUUUUCUUCUUUUCUUGUCAUCCCUCAACUCAUCAUCUGUUGUAAACCAAGACAUGGCUUCCAAAUUUCCUGAACAUGUCUUGCUGAUUUGAAACUUUAAUUGCACUGAACGACUUCUUUCUACAACAAUAUCU